AUUUUAGAUUAGACAUUUAUGACAAAGUUGUCAAUUGAGUUCCAGAUUCGGAAAAACUUGAAUUUGAAGUUUAGUGAAUGAUUUAAAAGUCAUAAGAUGUGAGCGGUGUUUUGGUAUUUUUAAAUUGUGGUUUUAAUAGUUAUUUACAGUCAAAAACGAUUUAGUUUUCGGGAAAAAUAUUUUAAAAUGGGACAGCAUGUUUCUAGGACUGAUUUCGAAUGGGUGUAUACUGAAGAACCCCAUGCCAGCAGAAGGAAAUUAAUUUUAGAAAAGUACCCGCAAAUCAAAAAACUGUUUGGUUACGAUCCCAAUUUCAAAUGGGUCGUAACAGGAAUGGUAUUAGCUCAAUUUAUAUUGAUUUGGGUGUUAAAGGACAAGCCAUGGUCUAUUUUGCUUCUAGCCGCUUAUUGUUUGGGAGGAGUUAUAAAUCAUUCAUUAAUGUUAGCAAUUCAUGAAAUUUCACACAAUCUGGCAUUUGGACAUGCCAGGCCUAUGGCCAACAAGAUGUUUGGUUUUUUCGCUAAUUUACCCAUAGGAUUACCAGUUUCUAUCAGUUUCAAGAAGUACCACUUAGAACAUCAUAGGUAUCAGGGAGACGAACAGAAAGACACUGAUAUUCCCACAUACUUAGAAGCCAAAUUAUUUUGUACAACAUUCGGAAAAUUCAUAUGGGUGCUGCUGCAACCGCUUUUCUACGCUUUCCGUCCGUUAAUCACGUACCCCAAACCACCUACUAACUUGGAAUUCGUGAAUCUAGUCAUUCAACUCAUUUUUGAUGCUAUUGUUGUCUACUUUUGUGGAGGUAGGAUGUUGGGAUACCUCUUGCUGGGCUCGUUCAUGGCGAUGGGGCUACAUCCAGUGGCGGGCCAUUUCAUUAGCGAACACUACAUGUUCAAAAAGGGUUACGAAACUUACAGUUAUUAUGGUCCUUUGAACUGGAUAACCUUUAACGUUGGGUACCAUAACGAGCACCACGAUUUUCCAGCUGUACCUGGAUCUAGACUUCCAGAAGUCAAACGGAUAGCUCCUGAAUUCUACGACACACUACCGCAACACCACAGUUGGACGGCGGUUUUGUACGACUUUGUUAUGGACCCGGAUGUGGGCCCCUACGCAAGAAUCAAAAGGAAAGCAAAAGGCCUUUCAACAUAA